UGACAGCAUUCUAGGAAGGAUAAGACAUAUGUGAAACGUCUUAACACAUUUCUAAAGCCUUUUUUUCACACUAUUCAGGCCACAAGAAAAACACACUUCAACCAACGACUUGUGCACAUAUAGUUUAAUAGUGAGGCUUAGGUGAAGUCAUCUUAAAUGGCAGGUAUUAAAAUAUGUUUGAAGAGACAACCCAACAACUGCACAGGUCACAACAAAACUUGAAUUUCUAGGCUAUGUCACUGUGUUUUCAGGCCUGCAAAUCUCCUUAAGCUGUCCCAAAGCUAUUUUAUUAACUAGGCAGGUAUAUUUAAGCUUUAAAGUUUUUAAAUGUUGAUCUUUUUUCAAAGGCACAUGGAGGUUUUCUUAAUAUUGAAGAUAUAACAUUUACUACAUAUUCCUUGACCAGACCUUUUAUGGCAAAUGACCUUUACACAGAUUAUAAGAUUCUCCACAUGCCUUUACAUGGCAAUAUAUUUGCCAGCUCUUGCUCAUACGUGAAUGCCGUGGAUAACUGCUUUGCACACUGGGCUAGGAUCCAGGGCAUAGUGGCUGAGGCCCUCACGGGCUUACAGACCUAACUGGACAGUUUGUCAAACAGCAGGAAAUGCGACCAGGCUUCUCUACCUCUUCCAUGUCAAUGGAGUUCACAGUGCUAACAGCCAGCGAUUGUUCAGUUCAGUCACAAUGUUUUAAAUCAGAAUUUCAUAUUCUUAGGCCAGAAGGUACCAAAGAAAGCCAUCCUUGUUGCUGGAAUUUUUAAAACACUGAAGUUGCCAUUAUAAAAAAAGAAAUUGGUUAAAAGGCAAAAUUCAUCCUUUGCAUACUUAUUUGACAAACGGUAACAAGCAUUCAAAUAUUUAGAGUUAAUUCACUGGUGACAGCUUUCACAAGAUUUAUCACACUGGCUUCAGCUCUUGAAAACCAGCUUCCCAAGUUGGAGACCACGUCCACCUUAGCUGGGUUUUCACACCUCUGUGCUAGCACCUGCUAUCGGACCACCACUCAGCACCAAGAGAAAUAGCCCCUCGCUGAGUUUUAAGUUGUUGUGGCACUCUGCAGGAGACAAUGGCCUUGACUUCUUGGUUGGAGAGUUAAAAAAAAAAAAACCAACCAUUUAACAUUUUAAAAUUGGGAAACAAGUCCAGACAAGGUUACAAAGUUUAUCUAAAGGCACAAAGAAUAAAGUUGGCAGGUAGUUGAUAAAACCAGGCAUAUACAAAUACAGCUUAAAACAAUUAAAAUGUAUAAAUAUUUGUGUAUUGUUUUUCCUCCAGUCUGGUUGUUGCUGAAAAUACCUGCUAGUUCCACUUGGUAAUGUGACUUCCAAAUGAGGACUGCUGGAACCCUGGACACUUAAGACAUCAAGAGAGUCAUCAUAAUCGUCAAAAAGUUCCGGUGGUAAGGCAUCCUUCCCAAAUAUUAGAGGAGGAAAGAAGUCACUUCCCCUGCUGUCAGCAUCUUCCAACAGAUUUAGCAAGAAUAUUUUGAGCACUACAGAAAAGACAAUCCGUCCAACUCUAAAUGAUGAUCAGCCAUGUGACUUUUUCAAGAAAGGGAAUAGGGUGAAUGAAUCUUAUCAGAAAAGCAGCAAUAUGAAUGCAGGCCCAUCUCGGAAUAAAGUACAACAUCCCAAGAAUUCCAGAAAAAGACAGAGUAAACCCCAAGUCCCCCACAUUUCUUCCCAGCUGAAAAGCAGUCUCAGAGGAUGUGUCCCCCAGCCAGCUGACGAUAAGCUGAAGGAAAGCAUUUCCCCAGAAGGAAACCUCAAAAAGAGUCCCCUCAGCCCCAGGUAUCGGGGGCCCUCAGGGAACAAGCUGUUUCUGGACUUUCAGUCCAUGAAAAUCAUCAAAGGAGAUGCCGAAGAGGAGGACAGUGCCAGCGACCUCUCUGAUUCAGAAAGGAUUGCCAUCUCCCCAUCCCCCCUCACACCUCCUGAUCUUCACCUUCGAGCAGAAGAGAUUGACCCGGUUUACUUUGAUCUGCACCCGGGUCAGGGCCCCACCCGGCCUGAAUACUGUUACCCCGACUUCCUCCCGCCCCCGUGCAACUCCUGGGACCUGCGGGACAUGGCCAUGCUCCUGCACUCCGAGCGCAGGACAGAGACUGUGCCCAAAGCUGGGGGGCUCCUGGGCAAGUACGUCGACAGGCUCGUCCAGCUCGAGUGGCUGCAGAUCCAGACCGUCCAGUGCGAGAAAGGCAAGGUGGCCAAAGGGAGGCCUCCCACUGCCCCUGGGACCUCGGGGGCCCUGAAGAGCCCUGGGAGAAGCAAGCUGAUGCCUAGCGCUCUGUCUAGGCCUCAGCAGGAAGGGCCUCCGAAGUCAGGCCCUUCACGAAAGAAAGACACGCUCUGCGAGGAAGUCCAUCCAUUCUGUUACACUGGUGAGGCUUCCCCCAGGCCCCUUGAUGUGCUGAGCAGUAGCCGAUUAUGUUCUCAGAAGCACACCCUGGAGGUGCAGACAGAGAAGAAGAAAAAGAAAUUUAACAACAACUCCAGGCUGCAGCCCUGGGACUUAUCUUGCGGGGACGGUGGCCCCAAGAUCGAGAGCAAUGGGAACCUCCGUGCAUCCCAGCCACCAGCCGUGAUCCUGGAUCCCUCAGACGGCUGCAGGGCUGCCCGAGCACCAGCACACACAGGUCUUAAGAAGAAGGGAAAUGUGAGUAACUGUGCUCAUGCCACAAUAUCCAGCGAGAAAAAGCUCAAAGCUAAUGGAGGAAAGCAAAACACGUACAAAUUCAAGAAAUAACUGAGAUGAUGAGUUGCAAGGACCUGCAGAUGACUCAGUAUUAAAGCUCUUCCAAAAGUUCCCCUCCAGUGAAUUGUAAGAGACUUUGGGUUUACUGAGCUUGAAGGGGUGGACAGUUCUUUAGUCCACCCACCCUCACCUCCACCCCGGCCACACAGGGUUGUUUUCAAAGAAAGAAAUCUUUAGGUAAUCAUACUUUGUGUUGACAGUCUUAGGCAAACUUGAGGUAAACAUCAGCCAAAGUCUGUGCCACAGAAAGAAAUAAAACCACUGCUCUCUA